CAGGUGUGUUUAGCCAAUAAGGAGCUUCAAUGGCAGGUUAGUUGGAAAAGAAAUAGGACACCAGCCCUCAAGGACUGACUUUGCACACUUCUGUUCUAGUGUCUUCAACAUAGCCACUUGUUGCUCUGAUUACUGCUUUGCACACUCUUGGCAUUCUCUUGAUGAGCUUCAAGAAAUGAGCUUCAGAGUUUUUAAGCACUUGUAGGCCCCUUUGACUUCACCCUAUGGUCCAUCUCCCCUAAAACAUCUCAAUGAGGUUCAGGUCCAGCUUACUGCCGCAGCACUCCAUCACUCUCCUUCUUGGUCACAGCCUUCAGUGGGAAUCUAUAAUUUAAGUAGUCAUGAAAAUAAAGAAGCUUAUUGAAUGACAAGGUGCGCUCAAACGUUUGGCCUGUAAUGUAUUGUUCACUAGUGAGCAAUAAAAAACACAAGAAGAAGAAACCCCUCCCUGCUGCUCCCUGACCUUCCGGUGUGAACACCAUGUAAACACGUAUAGCGUGUCCAUGAAUGUGCAACACAUGGCUUGUGUGUACGCAGCUUAACAAGCGUGCAAAUAUUGUCCCCCUUGUGUUACAGUCAUAUAUAAAAACCCUCAUUCACAACCUUCUCUCAGAUGGCUGCUCAGAGAGGCGGAGAACCGAGAUAGUAGUGAUGAGUACUAUUGGUUCGAAAAUGUGGAUCUUUUUUGCAUCUUGACAUUUGAUUUUUGAAUACUUUUUAUUAUUUUUUUAAGAAACAUGUGUUUUUGUUCUUUUUAAGGGAAUUCAAUCUUUCUUUAAUGAUGGCAAACAACAGCUCAGUGAUCAGUGGUGGGUUUCCAGCGAAAAGGAUUAGUAACCAGGUCGUUAUUGUACAAGUAUUUAUAGGAGUUUUUUUAAGCAUAAACCUCUUUCUUAUUUCAACUUUUUUUAGAAAGGAGGUUUUUUACACAACCGUGCGCUACAUCCUGUUUGCCGUGACUCUACUUUCCGACUGUCUGUUUCUAAUAAUGACAAAUUCUCUGCUUGUGUCGACUUAUUUUGGUUUUACCAUACACAUUUGGUUGUGCUUUGUUUUGUAUAUCAUUUUAGCUGUGUAUACAUUUGUUACACCUCUUACCCUCACAGCAAUGACACUGGAGCGCUAUGUGGCCAUUUGCAUGCCCCUGCGGCAUGCAGAGCUGUGCACCAUGAGAGGUGCUCUGCAGCUCAUCCUCAUCAUUCACGGCUUAGGUGCGGUUCCCUGCACUGUUACACUCUACAUUUUCUUUGCUUUAGUGUCUCCCACCUUCUACUCUCGAAGCAGAGUUUGUUCUGUGGAGACGUUUAUUUUGUCCGGCUGGCAGGGUCAUGUAAGAUCAGCCAUAAGUCAGUUUUACUUCUUAACCCUCUAUGGCAUGAAUUUUUAUUUUAUGAGGAAAAAAAUAUUUUACCCCAGUUUUGGGAUAUUGGGGGGGUCCUUGGAAUAUAUCAAUCAGAAAAUGUGUCCUCCCCCAGCCCCCCCACCAGAUUUUGGUUUGUUGCCUCAGAGCAACAAGAUGCUAUGAAGGUACUAAAACGCCAAGGUUUUCUAUAUUAUUUAAUGAGUGGAAUG